AUGAGUGGUGAUGACCUACCCACCGUGGUCCGAGGGCAACGAAGGCUAUCCCGUCUGGUCCGAAACGAUGGUUAUCGUCUGGAGGAAUGUGUCACAACACAGUGCAUCACACCCUGCUGCGUAUGGGAGGGUAGCCGGAGACUGGUCGGUGUCCAUGACGACCCGUCCACCCUCGAAGACACCCACAAUGGGCUCGCAAGGGUCAACCCAGCAGUGUUUGGACUACCCCGUCAGGACCAUCCUGCCCCCCAGAAGCCUGUGUCCCCUACCAGAGGCUCGAUGGGGACUCUGCUGGGAGUCAUCUGCACUAUUUUGAGUUAUUUGGCAGAAAUAGUGAACUUCCAGGCCCUGAUAAUCACGUUAUCGCUGAUAGCUGGAGUGAUUAUCAUCGCUGUGAUGGUCUGCUGUUUCCGCUGCUGCAGGUCUAAGAAGACGGUGGAUACAACAGCAGACGCUGCGAUGGAGAGACAAGCUGAUGCAAGGAAGGUCCGCCAAGAGGAGAGGAGAACUGAAAUGCGUCUGAGACAUGAUGAGAUCAGGUCCAAAUACGGUUUGACCAAGGAGAAUCCUUAUGCCAGAUUUGAAGAUAAUUAAAGUAUACUGUGCUGCUUAAUUCAUCAAAUGGAAACUCAAUUUAAUUUCUUUAAAAUACUGUCAAUGAUUUCGCCAUUGCUUGUAAUGUCCAUGUAGUAAUUUUGAGAGAUGGUCAAAUGAAGAUGCUCUUUUUUGAAAGACGUACUAAGAGACAAACACCAAUGUCUCUUUUCUGAAGGUAAAAACGGGAGAAUUUUUUUUUUAUUGUAAACAUUUAAAUUGUAGAAAUUCUGGCAGAAUGUAAAGCAUAGCACUCCAUUUCAACACUCCAUUUCGAUAACCCAUUUCAACACUCCAUUUCGAUAACCCAUUUCAACACUCCAUUUCAACAACAUUUGAAAACAUUUCACCCGUAUGUUGCCUACUGAAUGUGACAGCCAAUCCAAUUGUUAGCUUUUACCACUAAUAUGUCUUUCGAUGAGAUAUUUUGAGUGGGAGUUGUAUUUCGGACCUUGCUUUCUGAAUUAAGGUAAAUCUUUCACUGGGCUACCUGUGUAUAAUGUGUGUUAAUAAAGAAUAUUUGACCAGUGUUUCACUUUUACCUUA